AUGACCAUAAAAGGGAAUUUGGAGCAGAUCUGGGAUGGAAAUAGGGAAGUCUCAAUCAAGAUGUUAUCCAUGCACUCAACGAAAAUUGCAGCGAAGCGAUUUAAUGAAGUAGUCGGGAGAAAAUUGCCAGAAGGAAUAGCGGAACUCCUUCGCAACGUAACAUCAUUGAGUGAUCUCAGUCUCGUCGCAUUUAUUCAUUCUGGUGAACUUACACCAGCUGAUAAGAUUGAUAUCCCGGUGAAGUAUAGUUUUCUCUCAGAAUAA